AUGAUGAAUUCGUGGGUCGUAUUAGUGUGGUUCUUAGCCAUAUUCACAUCAUGUUGCAACUCCAUGCCUCUAUCGGUUCAGAAGAGAUGGAUAAUAGACGAUGCAACGGGAGAACGAGUUAAACUACACUGUUCUCACUGGGUGGCUCAUGCCAAGCCCAUGCUUGCUGAGGGUCUCGACAAAUUACCCAUGAAUGUCAUUGCAGCUAAUGUUGCCAAAGCAGGAUUCAACUGUGUUCGUUUGUCUUAUGCGACCUACAUGUUCACUCGUUAUGCCAAUAACACCGUCCGUGAUAUUUUCCACUCUUAUGACAUUCCAGAGAUCGCGACAGCCAUUGAGAAACACAACCCUUCUGUGCUUAACAUGACCCAUCUUCAGGCCUAUGAGGCUGUCGUUGAUGCUCUAGGGGAACAUGGAGUCAUGGUGCUCAUUGAUAACCAUCUCAGUUUGCCAGACUGGUGUUGUGCCAAUAACGAUCAAAAUGGAUUCUUCGGAGACAGGCACUUUAACACUACUGAAUGGAUUCAAGGUUUGGCCUUUGUAGCACGCCACUUCAAGGGAAAACCCAAUGUGUUCGCCAUGGACUUGAGAAACGAGCUAAGGGGUUCACGUCAAAACUGGAAUGUUUGGUACAAGUACGUGAGCGAAGGAGUGAAGACGAUUCACGAAAUUAACCCGGAUUUACUGAUCAUCGUUUCAGGGUUAAGCUUUGACAACGACCUUAGCUACUUGAAGACAAGGCCUCUUGAUUUGAACAUCGCUAACAAAAUUGUGUAUGAGUCGCAUGUAUAUUCCUUCUCAGGAGACACGGGGAGGUGGCACGUGCAGCCGACCAAUUGGGUGUGCAACGCCACCAUUCAAUUGUUCAUCCAACAAUCGGGUUUUCUUCUGAGUGGUAAGAAUCCAGCACCUUUGUUUGUGAGUGAAUUUGGAUACAACAUGGAAGGUGGGAAUUUCGCUGAUGAAAGAUAUUGGCCAUGCAUUGUGUCAUAUUUUACCUCCGUGGAUUUGGAAUGGAGCUUGUGGGCUUUCCAAGGAAGCUAUUACUUUAGACAGGGAAAUGUUGGACCGGGAGAAACAUAUGGGGUGAUGGAUUCAGACUGGAAAGAUUAUAGAGAUCCAAAUUUCACUCAAAAGAUUCAGCUUCUGCAAAGGAUGAUUCAAGAUCCAAAUUCAAAGGCCUCAAAGUCUCAUAUACUGUUCCAUCCAUCAACUGGUUACUGUGCACAUGUGAAUGAUAAGGAGGUUGUAAUGGGUGAUUGUAAGAGUAACAGCCUGUGGAGUUUCGAAGGAGAUGGGUCUCCAAUUAGGUUGAUGAACUCUGCUAUGUGUUUGAAGGCAGUUGGUGAAGGGCUUCCUCCAUCUCUCUCGGAAGAUUGUUUGUCUGCACAAAGUUCUUGGAAAGCUGUUUCAAGGAGUGGUCUUCACUUGGCCAGUUUUGCCAAGGAUGGAGAACUUUUGUGCUUGGAAAAGGAUUCCAAUUCUACCAAGAUAGUCACCAAAAAAUGCAUCUGCAUAGGAGAUGAUGAUCCUUCAUGUUUGGACGAUCCCCUAAACCAAUGGUUCCGACUUGUUCCUACUAAUGUUUAG